GGACGCACUUCUUCUUACUCCCCCCUUUGCCUGUCUCGCUCCUGACUCAGUUUGUGCAACGGUCUGGUGGCAGUGAAUCAUCUUGCUGAUACGAUGCGGUGAGAAUUCCUCGCCCGGUUACCAUGAUCAUCCGCCUCUCCUCUUCCUCGACCGGUCAUGCAGCCUCUACCACCUUCACCUUCUGUGUUCCCCGAGCACUCCUAGCAUGUCAGCCGCCUAGGCCAUGUCCAAGAUCGAGGCUACAGCCCGCCUGGUCGCCUCCUCUGACCACAUCCCGAGGACUUACAACACAUGCACUCGGGUCUCUUUAUGAGACGCACUGUCUCGCAAGUCUGGAGCGUCUCCUACCUGGCCUCACACUACAACAAGUAGGCGGAGCAGGUGAUCGAGGCGUGGAUCUGCGUGGGUGGAUCCAGCCUGGAGAUCUCGACGCCGCUGCCGCUGCUACUGCCUCUUCAUCACCAUCUCAUUCUAGACCUGUUUCUAGCGCAGAAGCAGUGCAUAGAGUUGGGGAGAGGAGAGUAAGGGUGGUGGUGCAGUGCAAGGCUACGAACCGGCUCAAGGAGAAGAAGCUCGGGCCAGUGAUCCUGCGCGAGUUAGAGGGGGUGAUGGGCCGCAUUACUCGCAAUCUUCGCAAUGGAGAAGACGAGCAGGAGGAUCAAGUAAUGACGGACGGAGAAGAGGCAAGAGGGACCGGGGAGGCUGCGAGCGAGCGGCAAAUCUCCCCUCAGCCCACAGGUAGCCUCCCCGCGGCCUCUACCGCUACGAGUAUCCUGGCCAUCCUGUGCUCUUCGUCGGGAUUUUCGAAACAGACUAUGCUCCAAGCCACCAAUCAAGUCGAGGGGAACGUCAUGUUGGUCCAUUUACCGCUGCCGGAAGAGAUCAGCAGACGCAUUGCUCUCGAGGGUCUCACUAUAGGUGAUGAUCCGCAAGCUAGCCAGAGCAGAGAGGACCUUGUGUCUGCUUCUACCUCUGCGACUGCAUCUCAGGCUUUCCCUUCCCCUCCUCCUCCAUCGUCGAUGCCAUCUGCUGAAGAUGCCCAAAAGGCAGCAGACGUCAUGUGUCCAAUCUCGAUCCUCCUAUCUUCGAGGCUACGCUCAGCUACCAGCGGCAGCGGCGGCAGGGGAAAUGAGAGGCAGCGAGACCCUCUUGCUGGACGUUUCUCGGUCGGUACUAGACGCAGUCUGGAAGAGGGCGGAGGAGAGGCACCCUUCUUGCUCUGGGACGGUGCGGAGAUUGUGGGCUAGGUAGGGGAGUCUAGGAGCAUGUUUCCUCAUUUGUAAUGUAUACCAUUCGAUCACCAGUAUUGCCGCGUCAUCUUUGGGCGAGGCAGACAGCCUGGUGGCACCAAGGAUGACGCGAAUGUCUACGUCGCGUCAAUCUCGCGUGGGAGUAAGUGAACCAGAUCCCAUAUUCAGACAGUAGAGCAGACAAGCAGAGGUAAAUGUUAAAAGAUCG